AGCUUCUGUCCCGCGAUAGGUUCACUUAUUACGUCACCCGACCUUGGACCCAGAGCCUUCUCUUCUGUGUGUGCGGCAGUGUGCGGAGGGGCAUCCAGACCAGAGUCCACCAUGAACAGAAUUUUUACCAAAACGAGUGUGACACGCUUGGCUGGCGUCCUCCAAAGGUUUCAGAGCACUCUAGUGGUUGCAGAACACAGCAAUGACAAGUUGACGCCGAUCACGCUGAAUGCCAUUAGUGCUGCGAGCAAACUUGGCGGAGAAGUGUCUUGUCUUGUCGCAGGGACAAACUGCGCAAAGGUUGUGGAAGAAAUCAGUAAAGUACAAGGUGUGAAGAAAGUUUUGGUGGCUCAAAGUGACUCUUGCAAAGGAGCUCUCCCGGAGGAGCUGACGCCACUCGUCUUGGCCACGCAAAAGCAGUUCAACUUCACCCACAUCUGUGCCGGCGCCUCGGCUUUUGGAAAGAACUUGCUGCCAAGAGUGGCUGCCAAGUUGGAUGUGGCUCCCAUCUCGGAUAUCAUUGAGAUCAAGUCUCCAGACACGUUUGUUAGAGCCAUCUACGCCGGAAAUGCUCUUAGCACAGUGAAGUGUAAUGAGGCCGUGAAGGUGUUCACUGUAAGAGGGACGUCCUUUGAGGCGGUUCCUGCAGAGGGAGGAAAUGCUGCAACAGAAUCUGUGGCUGCUGAUUCUGCCGUGGGAGUUUCUGAGUGGCUGGAACAGAAUCUGACCAAGAGUGACCGUCCAGAGUUGACCAGCGCAAAGGUCGUCGUGUCAGGAGGAAGAGGCUUGAAGAGUGGAGAGAACUUUAAAUUGCUCUACGAUCUGGCAGACAAAAUGAACGCAGCAGUUGGCGCUUCUAGAGCCGCAGUGGACGCCGGCUAUGUUCCUAACGAUAUGCAAGUCGGACAAACGGGCAAGAUUGUAGCACCGGAGCUGUACAUCGCUGUGGGCAUCUCUGGCGCUAUUCAACACUUGGCCGGAAUGAAAGAUAGCAAGACGAUCGUGGCUAUCAACAAGGACCCAGAGGCUCCCAUUUUCCAGGUGUCAGACUACGGCUUGGUUGCUGAUCUCUUUAAGGCUGUCCCUGAGAUGACCGAAGCGCUGAGCAAGUGAGGAGCAAGCGAGCGACAAAAGUUUCACGUACUACCUGCGGCCUUCGCCCAGAGCGAGUCCACGAUGCAACAGGCCUGCCGUAAAUGUCUUUUGAUCAAUGACAUAUUUUACAUAUACACCAAUUUUAAAUGUCAACAACUGAAGCACAUCUUUCGUUGACCAUGUUUUGUGCCUCCUGAUAGCGACUAGCUGCAAUUGUCUGGGACGUUUUCCUGCUAACCUAAGACCGUUGUAAUUUUGAGAUUGCGCGUAUUAAAGGUGACAAUUGAUGACUCA